AUGAACACCAAAACGAUGCGUCUCCCACCACGUCGCUUUUUAACGCCGGAUAAACGCAAAGAAAGAGACGGCGUCAUCUCCUCCGUCGUAGAAAAACCGCCGGAAGUCGCCGUGACGAAGCUUCCUCCACCGUCGAAUCUUAAUCCUACUCCGCCGAUUAAUACCAUUUCCAGGAAAUCUCUAAUCGUAGCCGAACCGAUCGGCUCGAACCAGCUGGUUUUAGCCGGUUACUUGAGUCACGAGUUCCUAACCAACGGCACACUCUUCGGUGAGCAAUGGAAUCCGGCUCGAGCCCAAGCCGGUCCGUUUUCGGCCCAAUCAAACGAGCCUAAGAAGUUAAAGCCGAGCCAUAUCAUUGAGCCGGCUGAGGAAAGGGAGCCGAAACGGAAGAGGUAUGUGGAGGUUGCUAAUCUUCUUCGGUCAGAUGGGGCUCACUUGCCCGGCAUCGUCAAUCCUGCCCAGCUUGCCCGAGUUAUCAAACUGUGA